AAAAUUAGUGGAGGAUUAUGCAUAUACCAUGAAAUUUCCCUUGAGUAAUGCAACAGUCUCCCUCGAUUUGAAAUGAAAUAGAACGCUCUUUUCGUCUCUGCUCUGUAUUAAGAGCUUUCCACUUGUACUUCUACUUUCCCAGUGAGAUAUCACAGUUCUGUUGUGAUCAUCGUGAAUCUUAAUCUUCCGAUUGGACGGAGCACAGUCGGAGAUGAUUCCACCAAUGAAUGCGGUCCGUACGAUCUCUCAGGAGGCGUUUGACGAGCUUGUGAAGGAAAACAUGGACGACCUUGGGAUGGACCCAGUUGAGUCCCUCCAGGACGCCAUCGAAACUCUUACUCUCCAGGGAGUCGAUCUCUCAGGGAUUGUCACUUGCGUACCAGGAGAGGGUGGUGUAAAUGAUAAUCCUGUGAUGCAGUGUUUAAAUGAACUGAAAGCUUCUUCCAAGGAUCAAAACUUGGAUGAGAAUUUGGAUUCAGUGGCGGACUCGUUUGAAAAUCUUGCCGAGCUAUGUGGUGUACAAGGAUCUGGAAAUGCAGCAAUAGCCACUAGGAAUGGGGCGGUUGAAUUAAUUUGUUCUCUGUGUUCUAAGAUUCAAAUUGUGCAGGAAAAGGUUCUUGUUUCGGCUUUGAAGGCAAUGGCAUCUGUUCUUCAUGAUCUUCAAAGUACAGAAAUAUUUCGGGCUAGUGGUGGACAGUCAGUUGUGAUGAAUAUCUUGAAUGGUGGUGUCCAAAAUUUAGACAUCUUGAACAGUGGUUUUGCUGUAGUUGCUGCAGCUGCAACUGGUAAUGAGGUUCUAAAAGACUCAUUUAUGGAGUUGAAAAUUGAUGAACUUAUUCUGCAAGCACUGAAUCGACAGAGUGAAGGCAGCAUUCAAAGUCUGUAUGAUGCUAUUCGUGUUCUCCUAACACCUGAUGAUAACCGUGUUUUGGCUUCACAAGUUUUUGGUUAUGCAAGGAAAUUUGCGAACAUAGGAAUUGCAGAAGCUCUGGUGGCUUCAUUGCAGGCUGAGCUUAGCUCACCAAGUCUAGUGUCUGCUAGCAUUGCUUUAAAGGCUGUCGCAGUUAAUGAUGAAAUAUGUAGAUCCAUUUCUGAAAAUGGUGGAAUUGAUGCAUUGCUGCGAUGCAUUGAUGACAGUGGCGAACAAGGCAAUAAAAGUGUUGCUAGAGUUUUCUGUUCUUUGCUCUCUAAGUUGGCUGGAAGUGACACAAAUAAGAAUGUUAUCAUUGAGAAGGGAGGUUUGGACAGACUAAUCAAACUCUCAGCCAGAUUUUCCGAUGACCCUUCUGUCCUACAAGAGAUUAUGUCAAUUAUCUCUAUACUCUCCUUAAGAUCACCAGAAAGAGCAGCACGUGCAAUGGAAGCUGGGUCUGGAGACCUUGCCAUUCAAGCCAUGCAGAAGUUUGCAGCAGCACAACAAAUGCAGAAAAGUGCUUGUCUCAUGAUCCGUAAUCUUGUUGCUAGGAACCCUGAAAACAGAACUAUUCUGUUAAAUAACGGCGUGGAGAAGCAUAUAAGGAAGGCCAAACAAAACCAUGAGUUCUGUAAGGAGGCUGCUACUGAUGCUCUAAGGGAUCUGGGACUUGAUGACUACAACUCAUAAUUCUCUCACUUCCCAAUUUAGUUCUGUGGAUAGAAUUCUUUGCUAGGAGAUUUUUUUUCUCUACUUUUUUUUCCUUUUAAUUGAGAUGUGGGUGAUUUAGUCUGUUCCAGUACGCGCUCUACCUUGUUAUACCAAAAAAAAAAGAAAGAGGUUUCUGGUGUGACAAACAAUAACGGAAAAAGCAGAAAGAAAGACAGGAAAAAUCUAGUAUGGUCAUUGAUUGAUGUAUUAUUGUACACUGUUGAGAUUCUUUAUGUCUGCCCAACGGUGAAGUGUUUUAUUUUCGUGUCUAUUUGUGUUCAACUUCCCACCAACGCGAAUAAAUUUGGAAGACAUAAUCGUAUCCCACUGAGGCAGACAAUGGCUUUGCAACAAUUUUCGGCAAGUAAAACAUCUCACUCUGA